AUGGCGAUCGACUCUGAUUCAAAACUGAGCGUCGAGAUCAUCAAGGUCGAAGAUGCCAACGUCAACGCCGAAGCGGGCUACCUGCAGCGAUAUCCACUCCUGGCGAACAAAACCGAAGAUGAGCUCAAGGCGUUGAACAAAGCUGUUCUAAAGAAACUGGACUGGAAGUUCCUGCCAUGUAUUACUAUAAUGCUGCUUAUGAACUACCUCGAUCGAAUCAAUGUCUCCAACGCACGACUUGCUGGCAUGCAAGAAGACCUGGGCAUGACAGAUGUGGAAUGGAGUGCGGGAAUCUCACUCUUCUAUGUUGGCUACAUAAUUUCCCAGAUCCCGGGUAACGUGAUCAUCGCCAAGUCUUCGCCGCGGGUCAUUAUGCCUUGCAUCAUGCUUGCCUGGUCUUUCGUCACUAUAGCUAUGCCGGCAGCGAAAUCACCUUGGGUUUUUAUGCUGUGUCGUUUUCUCGUCGGAUUCACUGAAGGCCCAUUUCUGCCGGUGGUUGCGCUGAUGACUUCGUCGUGGUAUACCAAAGAAGAAUCGCCUCUUCGCAUGGGUAUCUGGCACGCUGGUAACAUCAUCAGUAAUGUGUUUUCCGGUCUCCUUUCUGCUGCUAUCCUUACCAACAUGGAUAAUAUCGCCGGUAUGCAUGCGUGGCAAUGGUUCCUCUUGCUAGAGGGAAUCGUUUCUAUCGUGGUUGCGCUCACUGGAUUUUGGCUUCUACCAAACUUCCCUGACAACACCGGCACAUACUUCUUCACAGAAGAAGAACAACAAAUGUCACAAUACCGCGCUCUCGUCUCCGCUGGUGGCAAGAGCGAAGACGACGAAGGCGACAUGUGGGGAGGCGUAUGGCUAGCCGUCAGAGAUCCCUUCACCUGGUUCUUCGCAGGCAUGCACUUUGCCCUCAUCAUCGCACAAAGCUUCAAAGACUUUUUCCCUUCCAUCGUCGGUACACUUGGUUUCGGAAAAGUCGAAACAUAUCUGGUGCAGGCACCGCCAUACGUCAUCGCGUACUUUGUCACGCUUCUUGUGUCGUGGAGCUCGGGUAGGAGACUCGAGCACUGCUGGCAUAUCAUCGGUUCAAUCUCCAUGACACUAAUCGGCGCCAUCAUCAUGAUAUCUACUCUCAAUGUCGGAGCACGAUACUUCUCCCUCAUACUACUCUGCUCGGGCCCCUUCGUCGGUCUCAACAUUCAGCUCUCGUGGGAAACAACCGUUGUCCCACGUCCUCGCACCAAGCGCGCGGCGCUCAUUGCCAUCGCCAACUGCGUGUCGUCUGUGUCGCACUGGUUCAGCCCGUAUUUCUUUUUGCGCAGCCAGGAGCCGAGGUACCAGAUGGGCGGUGGCAUUAUCAUUGCUGGGUGUGGACUUACGAUCAUUUUCUCGUUGCUCGCGAAGCUCUGGGCUGAGAGGAAAAACAAGGCGAUUGAGCGGGAGGAGGAUAGGACGGGCGAGGUUACGACUUGGCGGUUUGCGACGUAA